UUCUGCCACAACCUCCGAGUACCCUAUCUGACUUCCAGAAUUGGCCAUGCCAUGCUGCGGACAAAGCCUCCUUCUGCUCUUAGCUUUGGGCUAUGCCGGCUAUGCCUUUUGCCCCAGGCGCGGAGCGCUACACAAGCCCCCCUCGCUUGGGUGCCACCUGCGACAAAUGCAGGUCGAGAGCAAGAUGAAGGCCGGUCUAACUGUUCCCGGGCCAAGGAUCGAGGACCCUCAGUGCGACUGCGUCAUCUCACAUGCGAAGUAGAGGAACUGGCUGCCAGGCUGCUACCCACCGAGGAGCAGCUGAAGCACCGAGACGAGACGGUGCAAGAACUAGAACAUCAUUUGCAGGCAGCCAUUCCAGGCUGCAAUCUGGUACCCUUUGGAUCUGCUGCGACAGGUCUUUGGGUCCCUGGCCGGGACGUGGAUCUCAGCUUGAAGGUUGCAGGUGUGCGUGGACGCAUCGAAACCAAGAGUGUCCUGCAUCGAGUGGCCCUUACAAUCAAUAGGUUCUCAGGGGAGAAGCCAGAAAACCGUUUGUCAGCGAAGAUGCCCUUGCUGAGAUGGAUUCCGCCGACAAGUUGGGAAAAGGAUGGAACGGGAUGCGACCCUUCCUUUGAUAUCACUGUCAACAAUGAUUUGGCCGUUGAGAACUCUAGGCUCGUGAGUGCUUACUUGGCCGUAGAGCCGCUUCUGAAGCCGAUGUUGCUAGUGAUCAAGACUUGGGCAUCAGCGAGACACAUCAAUGAUCGAAGCGAAGGAACUCUUUCAUCCUUUGCCUUGACGCUCAUGACAAUCCAUUUGUUCCAGAGGAGACAUGGUUUGCCAUCCUUGCAAGAUUUGGCAAUCCUGCAUGGGCAGCCUCUGCAUGAGGUGCAGGAAGUGGACUGCCGGUUCUGUACGGAUGAGAGGAUCAUUGAAAAGGAAAAACUGAAGCUGGGGAGUUGUGAGAAUGGAAGCCUCGGUGCCAACAUCUUGGACUUCUUCAAAUUUUUUGGCACCGAGUACAAAGGUGGAGUGAUUGCUGUGCGAAGUGCGGGAAAAGAACCUUCGCGGAUGUCUACGAAGUUCCUUUUCAUAGACAACCCCUUCGAGCCAGGCAAGGAUGUUGCAAACGUCGACAUCGGUCAACAUCUGCGCCUUCGAGAGGAGUUUCGAAAGGCAUACGUUCACCUGCGCAAAGGCAACGGGAUUGAGGAGCUUGAGAAAGCUGUUUGCUUGAUAACCCAACCCGGAGAACGGUAGUUCCAGCUUAGCGGCUUAGCGUGUGGUGAUUGUAGUCAGUUUUUUUAUAAAAAACAUAUUUUUCGCCUUUAAAAGGAGCUUUGCCACCGGCGAACGGAUGAGACAGAGGAUUACGCUGCAUACUGCGAGGAGCAAAACAAAUACAGAGUUUUCCAAGCGUCCAGAAAGCAAGGGAGAAUCGGAAAGGUUCGAUCCAUUGCUUUCGAUCUCGACUCUUCAGAGUGGCAUGCUGCCGGAUUGCUUUUGGCUUUGUGCAAAUUUCUGUAAACUGUUUGCGUUUGUAAUUCAG